AACCGCGCUGCGUCAGCUAGUCAUUGAUUCGGUUGACACGGCGCUAGCUACGCCCCUGGUAUCCAAGUAAAUGCGGAACCACUUCCAUUGAACAACUAAUACAGUACCUACCGGGACCAGAUAUAGACUUGUUAACUCUAAUCAGUGUACUAAGAUUUCAUAGUAGUUUCUUAUCAAUUUUAUCGCAAAAUAAUCGUUUUCUCAUACACUUACAUAGGUAUCAGCCUUCCUGAAUGCUGGCCCAACGUUUUUGUGCUAUUGUUAAUUAUUUACAAAGGAUUUUUACAUAAAUAGAAGAUGCAUUAUAUGCUACAAUGCAUACUAAUAGCCCUAGCAACGCUGUUUGGAACAAUCAAUACAUACAAACUCCUAGUCAUAAGUCCACUGCCCGGGAAAAGCCAUGCUAUUUUGGGUGAAGCUAUGACUGAACACUUGUCGAAUGCUGGACACGAGGUAACUUAUGUAACUGUGUAUCUGCCAGAGAAACCUAUACCACGUGUAACUGUGGUCGACUUGAGUGAUAAUAUGAAAUUGUUUAAUUCGGGAGCAAUGAGUCUCCAAGCUGUUAUGGACAAAACACAUACAGGCAACAGCUUCUUUGUCUUCGUUCCAAUGCUUAUGAACAUGAGCCGGGAUACUAUAGCUCACCCGAACGUGCAGAAGUUGAUAAAUGAUAAGAAUCAACAGUUUGAUGCUGUCAUCGCGGAAUGGAUGUUCAACGAGGUCUAUGCUGGAUUUGCAGGAGUUUUCAACUGUCCAUUUAUUUGGUUCUCAACAGUAGAACCGCACUGGAUGGUGUUGAGGCUGGUAGAUGAAGUUACCAAUCCGGCGUAUUCUGUAGACAUCUUGUCGGAUAGUGUUCCUCCUUUGACAUUUACGCAACGAGUGAAAGAACUUGGCUUGCUAACAGCGGGCAGGCUUAUCCAAGCAUUGUGGGUGUCUCGCCUUGAAAAUAAUUUAUACGAUGAAUAUUUUGUACCGGUGAUUGAAAAAAGACAUAACACGGUGCCUUCGUUUGAAACUCUGCGGUUCAAUGCAUCUUUACUUUUGAGCAACUCCCAUGUAUCCAUGGGUGUACCAGCACGAUUACCAGCUAACGUAAUUACUAUAGGAGGAUUCCAUAUCAAACCUAAUGUUAAACCAUUGCCUGAGGAUCUGCAAAAGCUGAUGGACAACGCAAAGCACGGCGUAAUUUAUUUUAGCAUGGGCUCUAAUUUAAGGAGUAAACAUUUCCCCGAAAUUGUCAGACAAGACUUGUUGAAAAUGUUCAGUAAAUUCAAGCAAACCGUCAUAUGGAAAUUUGAAGAGGAUUUACCUAACACACCCAGCAAUGUUCAUAUAGUGCAGUGGGCACCACAACAAAGCAUUUUAGCUCAUAAAAACUGUAUACUGUUUAUCACACAUGGAGGUUUACUCUCGACCACUGAGACGAUGCAUUUUGGAGUGCCCACUAUUGGAAUACCAGUGUUCGCUGAUCAAUUUGUGAAUGUAGCGAGAGCUGUUAAAAAAGGCUACGCGCAAAAAGUGGAUUUAUCUUAUUCAAUGGCUGCAGAUAUAGAGUUAGCUAUAAAUAAACUACUUGAUAAUCCAAGCUACACAACGCGUGUAAAGGAACUGUCACAAAUAUACCACGACAGGCCAGUCCCACCGGCAAGAGAACUAGUGCAUUGGGUAGAACACGUUGUAAAAACUAGAGGAGCGCCUCAUUUACGCUCCCCGGCGUCUAUGGUAGCCUGGUACCAGAAGCUCUACUUAGAUCUAGUAUUAGUUGUGGUAGCUGUAGUUUUAGUUUUAAAACGUGUCUUCAUAUACUUAAAAAGUAUUUUAAUAGCAAAACGGAAAGAAAAAACCAACUAGUGAUAAUAAAACUAAUUUUAAUAUAUGUUAUAUACAUUAGAGAUAUUAUAAAUAAUUUUGUUUUAUUAUGAAUCCCUAUGCCUAAAAUAUGCCUUUGAAAUUGGCCACAAUAACUAAUUGAAACAAAAAUAAAUGCCAUAAAAAAUUACACUUGUAAAUUCUACUGUAAAAAGUUGUGAGAUCCAUGAAAAACCAAGUUCAUUACUUUAUUAUGUCCGUAAUUAAGGGAUCUUCUGUUUCAAGUUAUUACGUAAUUAGCUAACCUUAGAACAUCGUGUAGUGACCAUCGUUAUCAACCCACAUUGGGCUCACUGCUGAGCUCGAGUCUCCUCUAAGAAUGAAAGGGUUCAGGCCUUAAUCCACCACGCUGGCCCAAUGCGGAUUGGCAGACUUCACACACGCAGAGAAUUAAGAAAAUUCUCUGGUAUGCAAGUAUCCUCACGAUGUUUUCCUUCACCGUUUGAGACACGUGAUAUUUGAUUUCUUAAAAUGCACACAACUGAAAAGUUUUUUUUUGUUUUGCUCGACUUGCGGGAGCACUUCCGUGCCGCCAGAUUGAAUUGAAGUCAAAAAUUAUAUUAGUUUGACAGUAACAAAAACCCCUCACGAGGACGAAGUAACUGCCGGCUCUUAAACUAAGCAAUUAGCAAUAUACAAAACAGUUUUCUAGGUUUCUGUCACAAACCUGCAAUAACAUUCUGACUUGACAUUAUUCGGUAAUGCCAGUUCAGAAUGAUGAAAAAAAACCCGCAAGUUUUUUUGAGAAAAACCAAAGCACUGAUAUUGUAUUAGAAAAUAUCGAUUCUUACUCGUAGAUAAGGUAAAAAGAUAACGGACCACUUUUUAAUACUUGAAGACACCUGUGACUGCGCUUGCAUGUUAUUUGUAUUUUUUCAUAUGAAUUCUCUAUGUAGCAGAUGUGUAAAAAGGUUAAGUAAAACCAAAAAACUGUGUGUGUUUCAUUAAAGAAAACCAUAUUUUAGUAAUUUUAACUAUUGUACUGAUGAUGACGAUGACGAUGACUAUGACGGUGACGGUGACGAUGACGGUGACGGUGACGGUGAUGGUGACGAUGAUGAUGAUGAAUCUAGUAAUUUAAAACAGAAAAGUUUUUUGGUUUUCGAUGAACCUACAGACUAAUACUUUUUUACUUUGUAUAAUAGGUUGGACAAUAAUAAAUAUUUAAAAUCAAAGAAGAUAAUAAUCCGAUAGCCAUACAAGUAUAAAAUAACGGCUUAUCGCCACUGUUAUCAUUCUAACACUAAAAAUUGAGCAGCGGAAACAUGUGUACAUUUUGGUUUCUAGGUAGUUUAUAAUUGUCCGAUCUUCAGCUCCGAGAUUUUAUAUUUUACUUGAUUUUAUUACCAUAAAAAUAAAGGUUUGUAUUGAUAUUUUAUUUAAUAUUUUUAUGCAAGAAAAUGUCUUAAGUCAAAAUUCAUUUAUUUCCAGUAGGCCUACUCUACAAGCACUUUUGAAAGGUUUUUGUUAGAUUUUUAUGAGUUAUUGUAAUCAUAUCUA